AUGGAGGCGGAUGCACCGCAACCCGCAGUCAAGUUUAUCUUGCUUUUGCUCUUGGACGGGCGAUUAUGCUGCGUCUCUUUGGCGGACGGGGAGGUGCGCUGGGAAACGCAGCUUCCCGGGGGUCCACUUUUUCACUGUGGGCCGAGGCAUCAGAGUAAGCGAGAAAAGCGACUGUGGGCGCAGACCCCUUCUCGGGUUGCAUGCAGAAGCUGUCGGAGCAUGUCAAUCGGCGUCAGCGGAACGGGAGACCAACCUGAAAAGGCGUUGGGAAACGAACUCACAGACUGUUCGCUUGUAUUCAUUCCUUCUGAGCUGACAAAAGAUGACAUUUCUCUGAUGCAGUGGCAUUUCUUUGUUACAUCGAAUCUCGCUGACAAGAGGUCCGUUUGGGUGCCGGCGGAGGAGGUGCUUGAGUGCUGGAAUGCCUCCGCGUGCCCCAGCCACAGGGCGUUGGACUUGCAGCAGCGUGCGACGUCACACAUGGAGUUGGAUUUCUUCUCGGGGAAGCUGCUGGUGAGCCUCAGCGCCGAAGCGAAGCACAUCGACGACAAGGAGGAUACCGUGUCUAACGAAGUUUCAUCCACACGUGUCAUACUGCGUCGCACUGACCACACGCGAAGUAUGGUUUUUCCACCACUGCAGGCCACUUCACACCCCACCGUCGACUCCUCCGUGGAGGCCGAGGCAGAGGAGGAGGAGGAGGAGGCCUCUCGUUCUUGGUACGCCACGGCUUCGACGGUGGCGCUUGACGUGCUAGACACCUCCCUGGACGCUGCCUCCCCUUCCAACGCUUGGCUGCACGCGGAGCAGCACUCGUUUUUUAUUGAACAGACUGUAACACUGAAUGGAGUCAUCUCUUGCCUCCACGUCGCAGGGGGGUCUGAGGGAGUUGCAAAGCUGCAACUGACAGACUUGAAGUCACCUCUAGUUUCCGCACAGAUUCUCUGUUGGGAGCCACUUACGGCGGCCUCCAAUGGUGCUGACGGCACCUCACAGCUACGUUGUCAGAAGAUCCCUGUGGUCACUUCCUGGGGGCACGUCGAUUUGACUCCUGGCUCCAUCUGGAGCUUGCAGGGGCGCGAUGGGCACGUACAGGAAAUCUCAGGCGUAUUGUAUGGCAAUGGGCGGAUUCUAUUUGCAGAGUGUAUUGCACCGAAGAAUGAGGUAGCUUCAACCUCCACUGGAUCGGAAGCAGCUAAGUCACCAGGACUGGAACCUUCGUCUCCGCGCCUUUCGAUGACGCAUGGAGCCGAGAAUGGGCAUUUCUUUCCGGGCUACGAAGACUCAAGUGAAACGGACUCCUCCGCGGCAAGUGGUUAUUCCGGGAACGCAAUAGUUCUUCACAACAGCUCCGCAGCUUUCCAUAAUGGCACGGACACAGGAGCACCAUUUCACACUGGCAAUGAAAUUUCCUUCUUUGAUGACAACUUUGAGGUUAUUACGCUUUUGGGUCGCGGGGCUUCCGGUGCUGUGCUACUCACACAACAUCGCCUGACUGGUAUUUUCUAUGCUGUCAAGGUGAUGCUCAUGCGGGAUUGCUGUAGCAAAGAUAACGCACUUCGUGAGGUGCGACUGCACGCCAUCCUCCACCAUCAAUACCUUGCGCGCUACUACGCGUGCUGGUCCGAGGCUCUCACCCCAUAUCGAGUACAGCAGCUUGCUAGCGUUGGACUAUGCAAACCAAGUAGUAUUCAAGACAAGUCUGCCAUCAACAGCUCAGGCCGCAUAGGUUGGUUGAACCACGAGCAAGGAGAGCCGUCGUAUCUAAAUAGCGGCGCGAAUUGUUUGCUGCCUCUAGGCACACAAGUUAUGAAUCACAAACUUAUCAUGGCACCACCAGGGACAAUGCAUGGAAGCGGUGCUGGGAUGUACCUCGCUGGGGGCGAUAGCCUCGACAGCGUUUGUGAUUAUUCUAGUCAGAAGCAUGACGAUGAUGAGGGUGACGAAUGCGGAGGUUCGUCGUUGAACGACAUCGCUUCGUCCGUCUCGAGCACCCCGGAGAAGCUGCUGAGUAGUCAUGUGAUAUUUCUUCAAAUGGAGUACUGUCAGACAACGCUGGCGCACCGUCUCGGCUCUCGAAGCAGCAUUGAUCGUGUUGAGAACAUUAUUAUUGCCCUGCAGAUCUUUUCGGCGUUGCGGUAUGUUCAUCGACGUGACUGUUUGCAUCGGGAUGUUAAGCCCACAAAUGUCUUCCUCGAUUACACUUGUCAGAGUGUAGGCGUGGACGACACGAGCGACGAUGACGGCAGCGACGAUGACGAGGACGAUGCCGCGUUUGCAGCAUCACCCAGCACUAAGAUCCACGACGCUAACGCCUUUGGUGACGAUGAGGCGCGCAACACGUUGAAGUUGCGGGAUCCAGAUCUUUCCCCUGCACUUCCUACGCCCAUUUUGUCCGCCUUCGAGCUGCUGAAGUCGAAUGCCUCUGUGGGUUUACUUGCGAUUUAUUUGAAACGACUCAAAGACGCUCAGGGGGAGGCAGAGAAAAGGAAAGCCAUAAGAUCGGUGCGACGGUGGCUGAAGUUUCGCCUAGUGCAGGCUCGUCUUGGAGACUUUGGACUGGCAAAACCGCUAGGCGAUCAGCACAUUGAGGCAGCUCGCUACUUUGAUCGCGGCGCGAUAAACACCGUUGGGGUGGGCUCGCCUCUCUACUCAAGCCCGGAGCAGUUAGAGGGGGACGUCUGUACGCCGGCCACUGAUGCCUUCGCCGCCGGCGUCCUGCUGGCUGAGAUGUAUAUACAGCCCAAGACUGUGUCAGAGAGACUGGUUGAGCUAAAACGGGCGCGCGAAGGCGUGUUUCCGUGUCCGUCGCUAUUGCUAGACUAUCCCGAGCUGCAGGUGGUGAAGGGGCUGACGAGGAAGGAUCCAAGUGCGCGCAUGACGCUUAGAGACGCAGGUCGUUUUUUGGCGAGGGCACUGGAUAAAACGCUUUUUACUUUUCUUUCGAGCUGA